ACCAGGGAAGGAUUUCUUCCUGGACAUCCCUCCUUGGUGGAGCUUUCUCCCUGUGAACUGAGAAUCUUCUGAUACAGGGAUGUUCAAGACUUCUGAAGUAACCAAGGCAGGGAACAGUGUGCAGGUGCUUUUAUUGUUUUGUCUAAGCCUAUAUGUGCCUUGUGCUACUGAAAGAAAGAGUUCUUGCUUCUGGAAUCCUGACACAGUUGAUGAGUUUGUCAGCUUUGUUGAUGACAUUGCUUUCAACAUGUAACAAGUCUGAUGGCCUGGUUGAUGACUUGGUUCAUCAGGUUAGUGGCACAUGAAGAACCAAAACUGAUUUUGUAUCCUUUGCUGUUGUCUCAGGACUAGGAUGAAAACAUAAUGAAAUCUCUGAGGUUUACAACAGAGAACUCCUGAAGUCAGCUUGCUCUCACACACUAGCAGCCAUAAAGUUGCACUGUCUUGUAUGCUUGUGCCUAGAAACUGAUCCUAAGACUGUAAUAAAGAAAAAGGGCUGUUUACAACCAUUGUUAUUCUCUUUGUUUUUGUCUUAUUCCUUGGAUUCCAUGGGAAAACAAGAGGAGAUUUGCAUGCCUCAGACAUUCCUGUGAGGACUGAAGAAAUCCUGUCCUAAUGAAUGGAAGCUGCUGGGAAUUACAACAAGUAAUGAAGCUGCUCUCAUGUCUGUCAAAGAGUCCCUCACAGGUGAAGCUGGUUUAUUAACUUUCCCACCCCCUGGAUAAGAAAUCAUGAGAGGCUGCCACCAUUCACAACAAAUAAGGCUGUCUCAUAGAGCGAAGAGGACACAUCCAUUGAAGGAACACACAGCUGAUGAAUUGGAGAAGGAAGGCUUGAGAAACUCAGGCAAUAUCAAUAUAGCAAUCAAAGCUUGGAAUGUUGUUUUGACAAUGAAAAUCAUUAAGAAAAAGCUCUUAUUUCCCCCAUGCUCUGUCUACGAUGUGAUCAGACAUGCAGAGAGCUCAAUUCAUCCUAUGACAGAUGAUGCUGACAGAAGUCACUUUAAACCAUACAAGUUUGGUCCUUGUGCAUUAGUUUAUACUAAUGAGGUCAACUUCAAACUAAAGUGUUCUUCCAGAGCGGCACCGAAUUAGAGAAUUCUGUAUUUCUGGAGACUUGUGCAGCAUAAUUAGGGACAUUAGAAUUAGUGGCAUGCUUUCCUUUGCUUUGACUUCGCUUCGGUUUAUUUAUUUAGUCAUUUUGGAAGGGUCUGAAAGUCAAAUUUAACUUUGUCAUCUGCUCACGCUGGGAGCAGUGCUGUUCUUCUGGAAACACCAUGGAAAUGCUGAUAAUGAGGUGCCAAAAUCAGCAAGCAAUGUUCACAGUUCAAGGGCUGGUUCAAAUCUAAAGGCAGUUUGUAUUUCUGCACUACAGGCACUUCUGCAAAGUCCUUCAGGGAGAGAGAAAUAGAUUUUCUCCUUAUUGGCUUGUUCUUUUACCACUAACAAGUCAGAAUGAAUGACAGGCCUUUUUUAGAAAGGAAAAAGAGCAAAUAGAGAAGCAGGUGGGUUUUGUUUGUUUGAUUUUGUACUUUUAAUCACACUUUUCAGGUGUAGAGCUGAAAGAACUCAUACAAAGACGGUGUUUGCUCAGGUAAUUGCACACUGUUCUCCUAAAUCAUGGUCACAAUGUCUGACGUAUAAGCAAGCCAUUUCACUGUACAUUAACAAUUGGGCAGGAAGACGUGUGUGGCCCACACAUAUCAGCUCCAGGCAGCCUCCCCAGCACAGAAUGUGCAUUUCCAAAAGCAUCUUUGAACUGUGAGCAUCUCGCACUUAAGUGCCCAACCUUAAUUUAUAUCUAUUUACAGAGGAGAGCCAAAUAACACUGUCUCACUGAAGUCAACGGUGGAUGUGGGCUAUUGGUAAAGCUGCUGACGUUGGUAGGCUCCAAAACUGAGCUGGGUCAACAAAUCCCCAAAUGCCCCAAAGAAACUGUUUGCAGUUAUCCAGGCAGUGAUGGGAACAGCUGAGACAUCCAGAAAAGGCCACCAGGAUACCGAAAGAAGGUCACUGCUGAACUUCUUCAGGCCCUUUUGGGGCCUCAAAGGAAAUGGUCUGACUUCUCCUCCCAACUUUCCUUCCCGUUCCUCAUCCCACCUCUAUUCUUAGCAGCUUUGUCUGAAGGCUGGGAACAGAGCAUGGUUUCUUAAUUCCUCACCUCCUGUUACCUCAUAUUUUUACUCAGGAGGCUCAGGGUGGUGGCAGAGGUUGUAACCUUGCAUGGAGCUGUUGUUUUUGUUUACACAAGGACUGCUUUUCCAUUAAGUAGGAUUUCCUCACUACUGGGGCAUGCUAUAGGCGUGACAUCAAUCUGUUCUGGUACCACCAAUUUAGCUCCUCAAAACAAUAUUACACAGUCCAAAAAACAGGACCUCAUAAGUGAGCCUCCCAUGCCCACUACCUGCUGUCAUGCUCCACAAACCCAGCUCUUGGCAGGAUCCAAGAAAACAACACCAGAACACAGUGCUUUUCCCUACCCUCCACAGCCAGUGAGACUCCUUAAUUACAUCUGGGGAUGAAACUGGCUCAACAAGUCGGGCAGCUCAUGGGGCUGCUGGCUGGGAAGCUGCACCUGCAGCCCCAGCUCUCCCCAUGGGCUGAUGUCUCACCCCAAGAGGUGGAAAACAGUCUCCCUCCUUCCUUAGUCCUGUUAAUGUCUACUCUGUCUACCCCAUCUAAUCUCUAUGACAUUUGAGUGCCUUUGUGUGUCAGCUUCCUGCCACGUAAUCACCUAAAUCCCCCCCUGAAACAAAGCAGCUCCUGCUGAGGAACUCACAAUAGGUGCCUUUCACUCACACCACAACCUUGGCCUCGGUGGCACUUACAACAAAGCAUCCAUAUGUGCAUCAGUAUGGGCUGAUCGGUUGGCUCAACACUGCAGGAUCUGAGCCUGGAUAUUUGUGUGCAUGGAGCAGAAGAGCCUUACAAAAUUCCCCAUCUUCCUGACCAAUCUUUGUGUUUGUUUUUUUUUUAAAGCCUUUAUCCAUCUUUGCAGGUCUGUUUGAGGAAUAAAAGAGAAGCACCCACUCUGAAGGGCAAUAUCUGCUGGUUGGCUCCAGUGUCCACCCAUCGUUUCCUUUCCAACCCCAGGCCAGCACCACUUCUUAAUUUUUCCUUUGGCAGAUAUCCCAUUAUUUUCUCCCUGGGGGGUGAAUCGAGGAUGGUAAGUUCUGUUCUAAUUGAAGCCAAGUCAAUGAUAACCUUUGGGCAUCUGCAGUGAAAAGGUAUUUCUGCAGCCCUAGCUGGGAUGAGGCGCAUAAUGGAUCAAUGGAAGAUCCCACCGUUCAACUGUUACAGUGUCACUCAUUAGCGUUAGGAUUUCAACCUGAAUCAACAAUUGAGUUGGAAGAUUGAAAGAUUCACCUUCAGUAUUUGAAACAGAAUAAUUGUAACAGGCCAACAAAAGUCCCCUGAGGUGCCUCUCUCUCCCUGUACGUAUAUAUAUAUAUAGAUCAUUUUUGCUGAAUGUUUAAAAUUAGAUGAAAGUUGCCAAGCUUUUACAUAUGAAGCAGAAUAAGCUGAGCUACUUAUGAAAAGUGAGAGGGAAAAGAUGUAUUUUUGGUUUCCUAUCAAAGCACUUCAAGAGUGUUCCUGACUGUAGAAUACAGGCACUAACUUGCUGUUCAGUCACUUGUGUUCUCUCUCAUACAUAACAAUGCAAAACGAGCUAAUAAUAAACAGCACACCCUUCCUCAUAUACAAAUACACACACCCAGGAACCACUUGUAAAUGAGCAACACUGAUCCCUUCUACUUUUGUUGUCACAAAAGUAGGGCAAGCUUGCUCUCAAUUAACUGCUUGGUUCACAGAGCCCUAAAAAAUUAACUACCCAGAGGACUUCAGCACUAAGUUUUAACUCUCAGUUCUUUAUCAUCCUUUCAUUUCUUGAUCAAAGACCCAUCCACUCACUACUAAUUUGCUAAGAAAUUAAACAUGAAAAGAGAAAGCAAUUUCACUACUGGAUGAAGAUCAUUGUGGGCAGUUAAUGAUUAAUUAGCAUUACAAUAUGAGACAGCCUGAUUUCACAGUAGAAGCUUGGUUUGGUGCUAUUUUUUUUUUCCAAUACAGGAAAUCUUGAGGCUGAUGCAAAGGAUUCAGAAAACAUCUGCGUCAAAAACUUUCCUCCUCCUGAAAGUCAGUGAAUAGAAGUAACUACAAAGCUCUCUGUGGACCGGGUCCAUGGAUCGUAGGACCACAGAUCUCAAGCCAAGACCCACAUCCUAGAACCCAAUAAGUGCCACAGAGCUGCAAUAGGGUGGCUCACGGCCCUGCUCUCUGGGAACAAGGUGGCAAUGCACGUUGCUUAUGUGCAGGGCACCUCCUGACCAUAUGUCACCGCAUGGCUCGUCGGUUGGCGUGCACCAAACCCAAGGGCAGGGAAGUUGGGGGUGUAUCCACCUCUCUGAGAUGGUUUGGGUGGGCAUGGGAAAGCGCUCCUCCUGCCUACUCAAACUCCUGCUUGAACAACUUUUCUUGCAUUUGCCUAUCAGCUAUAAAAAGAAAAUACAAUUUAAAAAUCAACAUAGCCUUCUCCAUCGGAUUGCACAAAAACAACCAACCAACACCAAGAUUUUGUAAAGUAGCUGCCUAUGCAACUAGGGGUAGCAUAAGUAUGUGUCAAGCCAGAAUCUGACAGCAGAUACUGGCAGCAAGAUGAACAGCCAUAAAUAACUAUGGGAGAAACACGGAUAGCUUUCUAUAGCAGAUCAUAAUCAGCACAUAAUCAGCACAGAAAGCCAUUACACUCAAGGGACUGUUUAAAUUAUGAAAAAGACAUUAUUUAAAUGUCUCUAUCUGAUACCUUGUCUGUGUUUAUCACCAAGUUCAGUUGUGAACUCACGGGGAGGUCCCAGGGAGAGCUUCCUAAAUCAUUUACUGACCAUAAAUACAUUUUUAAAAAAGCAGUUAAAAAGCAACACAGUUAAACCAGCUCCUGCCCUCUGCCCUGGGAUUUCUGCUGUAACUGAUCAAACUGAACUCAGAUGCUGAUGUUGUAUUUGUUGACACUAAGGAAAUAAAAAAGAGCAGAUAUCGCUGAGCUGGCAUCCCAUCCCUCCCUGACUGCUGUUGGUUUGAAGGCACUUUGUUGCUGACGGGCAUCAGCCACCCACAGGUGCCACUCUGGAUGUAGCACACAGAAGUGCCAAGCGAGGCAGCUGUGCACAGGGUGAGAGUAACUCUGGUUCACAUCUGUAAGGUGAGUUUGAGUGAGGAAAGGGUUGGGGAAUGCACUCAUUACAGUAGGAGCUCUCUCAGGUGAGAGACAUCUCUUAGCGGCUCUGCAAAGCUCAGUGCUCAUAGCCCAGUCACACCAGCCAAGCUAUAAAGCAUAGUUAUGGAGUCUUACUGACAGUCAAAAAAGUGUUUGCUGGGAAGUGCUCACCUGGCAGCUGCUGCUGGCUUCCAGUACCUGCAGAAGAGGUGCUGCCCAUCAGCGUUGACGAUGUGGGGCAGGUCCUUGUAUGGGAUGUUUUGAGGACUCCGCUUUGGCGAACUUUCCUCGGGCAUUCUGGAUGAAUGACCUGCAAGGUGAUGGAAGAAACUUGAGGACAGGUGAAGGCGAGACAAAGCUGACGGGCUUGGGAGCCACAGACAUUAAGGAAGUUGGUCAGCAAGGCAAGCACCGCCAAUGGAAGCGUCCCUCCAAACCUCCAUCCAAAGGGCCCCCAAAUCUUUCCUUCUUUAAGACCACAGCAGGGAAGGCUCGCAUUUGGGGGGAAGGCACUGGAGGGAGAAGGAGGGAAGAUCCAUCCACCAUCACUACUUCAUCACAGCUUUCUCUCCCCCACUUCUCCCAUCUGUGUUUACUUUGCAUCAUUUUGCGAAGUGGAUCUUAGAAAGAAUAUUUGAGCUGCAAUCAAGUGCAGAUUGUGCAGCAACCGCCACAGAUAGGAAAAGACAGCCGCAUGAAAGAUUUAUCUCCAAAGAACGGCGGAGGGAACGCGGCAGAGGUACCCGCUGCCAUCAUCAAGAUCUUCUCAGGCACCGACAGCAAAGUGCCGGCGGCGGGGAAGGAAACAUCUCCAGCAAACUGCCACAAACCUGUUUUCAUCCUGGGCGAGGGUUUGCAUGCUACUGAGCAGCCGGCAUGGCAGGGCGAGCUCCAGCAGCUGAGGCUCUGUGCAUCGCGCUGCGGUGCCGCUGGGUCCGUGCCGGGCAGCUCCGGAGCGCUCCGCAGCUCCUCUCGGUGGCUCGCUGGCUCUCGGCGGAAAGUCGCUUGGGUAAUUCACCACUUCUUCAUUUCAUCACUUUUUUUUUGGUUUUUUUUUUUUUCUUUCUUUCUUUCUUUUUUUUUUUUUUUCUCGUGUGUGGGCUGAAGUAGCGGUGGUGGUGGGAGGGGAGGUUGGGAAGGGCGGGGGGGGGGGGGGGGAGAGGGAGGGCCGACGGCUGGGAGAGCUGCAGUCCACUUGCCAGAAGCUGCCGCACGCAUCAAAGGCACCUUGAAGGCACGCAGCACAAAGUUACCGCUGCCGCAGGUUGUCUGCAACUAAACUUCCUUCCUGCCACUUACUGUGUCGAGGCCACGGCGGCGGGGGGGAGCGGAGGGAGAGGGGAAGACCUUUUUUCUCAAAGCGAUCUCCGCCGCGGAGCCGUCUCCGAUGCGAGCGCAACUUCCCCAGCCGCUGCCUGCGAGCGGCGGGGAGGAGGAGGAGGAGGAGGAGGGCGAGGAGGAGGAGGGACCCGCGCACCCGCUUCAGCCCAGGUCGCGCGGAGCCGCCCCGGCUCCAUGCGGCCUCCCCGGGUCCUUCUCCGCCGCGCGGUGCGGAGCGGGGGCGGCUCCGGGACGCGGUGGUUCCCCCCGGCGCUGCUCGGCUCGCUGCCCCCCGCGCGGUGCCGCCGACCCCCCCCCGCCCCGCGGCUCCAUUCGGGUCAGCCUCCCCCGCCGGCUCCGCCCGCCGCUCGCAUCGCUGCCCUCGGUGCUGCUCGGGCGGGUGGCGGCCCCGGGUCGGUGGCACGGGAGGAGCCGCUCGCCGACCCCCUCCCUCGGAGCGUGGAAGGGGUUCAUCACCGCGAAGCCUCGCCGCCCCCCGGCUGCCCCGGUGCCAACCUGUCCGCGCUGUCCCAAAUCCACACUUGGCUCUUAGGAUCCAGGUGAGCCCUUGAAGCCUCACCAGGAAGAUCAGAUCUUUCAGUCACCGCUUCAGAGGAGCACCCAAGCACCCUGAUUUGCAGCCCCAUUCGUGGUAUGGGAAGGCAAUUUAAAAAUGCAGGAUAUAAUUUAUACACAUAUACUGCACCUAAUUAUCAUAGCUUAUAUGCAAUACAUAUGUUGCAACUGUAUAAUUUGGGAUAUAUUUUAUGGCAUAUGACAUUUGCUUAUGUAAAUUGUCGCUGCGAGGUUCCCAGGAGCUGAAAUAGCUCCCCAAGCCCAAAGGCAUCCAGACACUGAGCUUUCACAGAAUCACGGAAUCACACAGCAUCAUUAAGGCUGGAAAAGACCACUAAGGUCAUCCAGUCCAACAGUCCCUCUGUCACCAGUACUGCCCCACAACCACGUCCCUCUGUGCCACAUCUCCAUGGUUCUUGAACACCCCCAGGGACAGUGACUCCACCACUCCCCGUGCAGCAGUGCCAAUGCAUUACCACCUUUUUGGAGAAUAAAUUCUUCCUGAUACCCAACCUGGAUAUUUGUCUUUUAAUACUGUAAGUGUUCAGUAUUUAUUGAGUGCUCUCAGCAGUAUUGGUAGCAUGACAGGAGAUUGAAGCCCAGUAAUUGGUCUUCUUUCACAUUCCAUCCAACAAACUCCUUCUCAUGACAGCAACCGUGGUAUUUUGAGAAGAUGGGUAACAAAGCUCAGUAUGAGUUCAUCUUUGGUACACUGUUGUGUUCUUCUAGGACAAGAGUUAAUGGCCUCAAGUUACACGAGGGAAGGUUCAGGCUGAAUAUCAGGAAAAAUAUCUUCUCAGAAAGGGUAGUGAGGCAAUGGCACAGCUGCCCAGGGAGUGGCCAUCCCUGGAGGUGUUCCAGAACCAUGGAGAUGUGGCACUGAGGGAUGUGGUGGGGGUGGGUUGGGGUUGGACUUGGUGGUCUUAGAGGUUUUUUCCAAACUUAAUGAUUCUACGGUUCUGAUUCUGUUUAUAUUAACAGCACAGAUUCAGUAUGUUUCAUGAUGCUAAUAAUACAAACUUGACUGUUUAGAUGCCUGCAUAUAAUUAAAGAUCUCAAGGCUUUUUUAAGGAGAGGCAGUUCUUUGUAAUAGAAAGAAAUAGAUGCUAACCAUAAUAACAAUAAAUGUAAAACCUCUGAGAUAACCCAUAUAAAAAGAAAAAGGAAAUCAAAAGCAGACUUCUUCCUCUUUCAGUGCCAUUUGUAUUAAAUGCCCUAAAGGGGGUUUUAGUUAUAUACCACAAAAGAAAAAUUGGCAUUGCUUUAGAAAAAAACACGCAUUUAUGGCUGCUCAUAACAUGUGAGAUUUAGGUCAGCUGGGGUCUUACCAGAGCCCUGGGAGCUGUAUGCAGAGUUUAGGAUUUACUGGGCCAGCUACUGUCUGGGCAGGGCUGGGUGCUAUUAGAGAGCCAUUGAAGUCAGCUCCUUUGCUGGGAGGAUCAAGGACUUGCAUGUUUAUUUAAAGGGUACAGAUCAGAUAAUAACUGGAUAAAAAAGCAAGGAAAGAAGGAAGCACCCUCUUCCCCUGCUCACACAGCUGGUCUGCCAGGAACACUUCAGUGCUUCCCUGCGGCGCUCCAUGAAACCUGACGCCAGGAGCAGCUCCUCUCCUGCUGUGUGCUGGGAAUAUCCGAGUUCCCAGCGAGGUGGGGGAGACAAGGGAAGGUUGCUGCCUGUACUUCAGGACAAAAAUAGCGUCUGAAAGAAGUGACCUUUGCUGGGACACAGAUCCUGCCUUUGAGAACCUGCCCUGGUCAGUGCAUUGACACCCAGCUACCUCCCUGCAGAGAUUUGCACAGAAGGGGAUGAGUGGAGCAUGAACCCCCCCUUCCUUCCCUUCUUCCUCCUUCCCUGAGCCCGCAGGCAUUUGGGCACAUUUCUUUGCAUGGAUAGCACACACCUCCCUCCCGUCUUGGGAUAAAAAUAAGUGAGAAGCAACCAAUGACCAGCUACCUUCCACUUGCACAGAGCUUAAGCUGUGAAUGAAAAGCCUCCUGAGAACACUGGAUUGAGUCUGAAGGAUUCACCUAGCGGACAUAAAAACAAUAUACAAGGCUUGAGCAGAGCAAUUAUUGCAUACCAUUCUCCCUGUGAGAAAUCAAAGGGAUGUAUGAGCACAAGCAUGAGGUAUUUAAGAGACUGCAACAUCUUUUCUCGUCUCUGUGGGGUGAAAAACAUUGUGGAAAUGCAGUUAAACCUAAAUCAACUUCCUAGUAACAAAUAGAAAUACACUUGGUGGUCUGUGCACUAAUUCAGUCACUGCAGGGAAAGAUGUUUGCUUUAUUAAGGAAUGAGCACUGCUUAAGUUUAGCAUCACUACUGAUGCCAAAGGAACCCAUAGGAGCACAGAGAAAAGGAUAGAGCCUCCAAAGAAGCAAACUGUAGGAAAAGAAUCCACAUUUCAAGAAAAGUUGCUGAAAUGAUAGAAAAGAAGCCCCGGAAUUAAAAGUUUUUAUCAGUUUUUAUCACAACAAUGGGAGAGAGAAGGGAGGGAGCAGGAUGGGUGGGAGAUGUCAUGGUGGGCUGGAGUGUAAUUCUGGUGGUGGGGCAAGGGACUGAGACAGUACUUUGUCAUUAUGCUUUCAGUCAUAAAAUGUAUUUUUAGUGGGUCCUAUCCUGUUGGCAUGUGGAGGUGAUGAGAUUUUGCACGGCCUCUCUGCUCCUAUUGACAGCCUGAUGUUUUUAUAUUGCAAGGGAGCAUUUUUGUUCGAGAAGGGAAUUUGAUGGGAGUGGGUGCUAAACCAUGGGGCAUUCUGCUCACUAAGAACUCAUAGAGAACUUCUGAUGAUGAAAAGAGGGAAGAAUGAAUAGGGGAGGAGGAAGACGCAGUGAUGAAAUAUCCAACUAGUUUGUGGUGAUGGAAGAAUCCGCUCCAAUAGGAAAAUGCUUGAAAUGACAGUAGGCAGGGAGCAGCUGGAGAGCAGCAGGCAGCACAAGGGAGAGCACAUGGGGAAACGGUGAGAGAUGGAGCAUGAAGAGGAGCAAUUGAAAUCGAGUGACAAGCAGAGAACACGAUGCCACCGAAGCUGUUGGUGUACAGUUGUUGUUUUGGUUUGGCCCUUCUCUUUGGCUGCUCCACACAAGAUAGGUCCAGGAGUGGGCACUGGGAUACAGUGGCUGUGCUUUCCUGUAAAAUAUCUAUUUUAACGCCUUACGGGCAAAUACCAAACUUGGUGUCUGGCCAACUGUGUUGAGAAAGGGAACGCUGAAGGACAGGGUUUUAUUGAUCACGUUAAGUUUAACAAUAUUGGAAGGACUUAUAAGUAGCUCUGUGGUUCUGCAGUGUCGUGUACCUCUUCCCAAAGCAGUGCCACAUGAAAUGGAGAAAGGUUGAAGGGUUACUGCAGGGCAUCUGAGCAGCACAGGAGCCGUUUGCAGGCUUCCAUCAGUUGGUGCUUGUCAGUAAUUUCUUUUUUCUGUUUUCAUUCUCCCAAAUCAGAGGGAAUAGAAUUACUAAAGGAAGCUGCAAGUGGUUUAAUAACCCUAGAUGCAAACUGCUGUGAAAUAAUAAUGCAUUUUUAUCAUGAAAAGGAAAAUAUUUAGUGAUAAAGGCAGCGUCAUUUUUUAUAGGUAAUAGGAGUAAUAACGAUAUUGUAAGUCCUGUUGUCAUUAGCAGUCACCUGCAACUCUGUGACUGCAAGCAGUGCUAUAUGAGAGAAGAGAUUAGUGCCUUGCCUGUGCUACUUAUUUGACAGGACCAAAAAUAUCUGCUUAAAAUCACACAGUUUGAAUACAAGUUUCAGUCCUUUAAACUGAUGUGUAGAAGAUGACCCAUCCUACAUAGAUGCUAAUUUCAGAGCUGGUUGGUUUUAAUUACAGAAGCAGUACACGUUCUGUUGGGUGGCUUGGUGGUUUUGUUGGUAUUUUUUUUUUAAUUAAAGCAACAACAACAAAAGCCAACCCAAGAAUAUUAAUACCAGAUUCUGAGGCAUGCAUGAAUAUUACAGCCAGCACCUUCCAAAAGUAGCAAAUUCAAACCAAAAGGCUGAAACUCUGCCCUCAAGUUUGGUCUGUAGGGGGGAAGCUCUCCUAACAGCUCUCUGCUGGAGAAUAAAGAGGAUUUUUUUGAAGCUCUGGAACCGUGUAACCUCACCAGCGUCCCACCAAGGGAGGGAGAAAGCCCAUUUUUCUCGGGUGCACAACUGCUGGCGUUUAGAAAUGGCAGAGAAAUUGCAGCUGUCGUGCACUAGAGGGCACAGCUACAGCUCCGCUGCGUCCUUGCAGCCUGCGGACACGCUGAGCCCUGGCAGGCACUCUCCCCGAUGACUGUGGGUGGGUUUGAGCAAUUAUUAUCAACUUUCGGUCAAUGGUUGGAAGGUUUUCUUUAAACAAAUAUCCCGUCUUAUCUCUGCGGCCCGGCGGUGUUGGUUUCUAAAGGAAAGGUUCCUGUAAAGAGCCAAAAUCAGUCAUUUUGCCUCUGAAUCCGCUUACACCAUGAGAACCAGCCCCGCUGUCUGGUCCCCUACACCAGCACAGUGCUGCAACACCUGAAGGGAAAUCCUGUCCUGGUCACUGCGAGAUGGCGUGUCCUAGGGCUGCAUGUAGCCCUGCUACCACUGAUACAGUCACAGAAUCGUUCAGGUUGGAAAAGACCUCUAAGAUCACCAAGUCCAACCCCAACCCACCCCACCAUGCCCAUAACCACGUCCCUCACUGCCACAUCUCCAUGGUUGUUGAACACCUCCAGGGACCCAAUGACUCCAGCACUCCCUGGGCAGCAGUGCCACUCCGUCACCAACAUCACUGUAUCCGGAUGAAAUAAUACUGUAGAGAGCUGUGGUUAGAGCAGUGCUUUCUUUUGGUAGCCAAACUGGAAGCACUGGCUGGAGAAGAGUUAUUAUCGUGCUGCCUGGUUUUCUUGCUGUUCUGCAAUUGACAAUGCAUCAUUUAUCAUGCUUUGCAUUCCAAUUUUUCUUUGCAUGUUUUCCAGCUCAUCAUAACAUAAUUACGUUUCUGUUUCUUCCAGCCAGGGGCCGAAACUUUCUUUUAGUAAGACAACAGCUGCACUGCACAACCUUGAUGAAUCCCCAUAAGGGGAAAAUGUGUCUGUGGUGCUUGUUUCUGCCUUGGCAACCCAAAUGCUCAAGCUCCUUUUUUUUUUCUGUGACAAAUGUUGUUUAAAAAAGCACCCAACCCCAGUUCUUUCAUUGCCUUUCUCAAAAUGAGGUUUUAUAUUGUAAUUUAGAUGUGAAAUAUUGAGCACCCAGGCUGGCUUGUGACUUUUUAAGGCUUCUUUUGUAACGUUUCUUUUGAUGGUGCUCACAGAUUCGUAAACACUGAGAUGGAAUUUUAGAGGGCUGUAAUUACUGUUAUGGAAUUUUUUGAAUGAAAUUGAUUCUAUGCGUGAGUAUCAGCACAACCUCCAAGGAUGUGUUAUGCAACAUAAGGGAGCUGUGGGGGCACAGGUGAGUUAUUUCCUAGCUUGGCCUCAGUGGCUCUGGCUCAACUGGAAGAUAAAGUUAAUUAUACUGGUCUGGUCUAUGAAACGCAUUAACUACUAGUGAUGGAAAAUGUCAUAAAAGAUGCCUGGUAAUUUUAUUAUUACUUAGUGAAAUAUUCUAUUUAACUCUAAUUUGCUGCUUUGAAGCUGAGAUUUCUAAACACUUCCAGCAGGAGGGAUAUUUUUAUUUUGCAGGGGAGAAGUCAGGACAGAGAAUAGUAGGGUUUGAUACUGGAGGUAAGCUGAGGGCAGAAUCCAUUCCUAAUGGCUCCUGAUUUUAUUUACCCAAUUAUACAAUUACUAUUUCCAAUCUCAUCUCAAAAUCUAUCCGUCAGAACCCUACAAGCACUCCAAGCAGUAAAAUUUUGGUCUUAAAGAUCCUCCAUAUUUACAAGUACAGGGAAUAUCGUGUCCUGGAUAAAACCCCAGCCUGGAUAACUGCAUUUUUGGAGGCAAAAUGUACCCUCUUUUUGCUUUCUAUGCUGAUCUCUUGGAUGUUUUUACUGCUGCCGUCACUGUCUGAAGUUUUUUUAUAUUCCAGUAACUUUAUACAUGGAGGCAAGAGUUUUAAUUCAUGGUCACUCCUAGUUAUAUCUAUAUGUGCAGUGAUCUAAGGAUGCUUUUGGAUGUUUGAGCACAAAAAUGUGCAUUGGAAUGUCCAUCUCCGACUACUGACGUAACGGGCUGGAGGGCUCUUUGGUGCUGAUGAAUCAUAGAAUCAUAGCAUCACAGAAUGGCUUGGGUUGGAAGGGAACUCAGUGAUCACCAAGCUCCAACCGCCCUGCCGCAUGCAGGGCUACCAACCUCCAUAUGUAAUACUAGACCAGGCUGCCCGGGGCCCCAUCCAACCUGGCCUUGAACACCUCCGGAGAUGGGGCAUCCACAGCUUCUCUGGAAAACUGAUGGGAACUGUACCUCCUUGGUUAAGGCCAAAUUCAUCUUCCGUCUACCAAUGGUGAGUAUAACUCAGCCGUUGUUAUAGAAGGUAGCAGGCUUGUUGUUUUGGAUAUGCACUGACUGUAUGGCUGAUGAGAAGAGCUUGCCUUGUGCUAUUUCUUCAUUAUAACCCCGUGGUAAAUUCUGGCAGAUUCUGCACUGAUACAUUUUACUUUCUUUCUCAUUUAUCUUUGGUUUCUCUGCUCCAGCCACUCACACAUGUUCAGUGUAUGGCUGCAUAAGACGUGCAUUUUCUUUCCAAUUCAUGGGUAGUAAUUACUUCCUAACAUCUGCCUAACAGAUUCUGUAAGAAAAGUAACUUUGUAAAUAUUAAAAAAAAAAAAAAUAAAUAAAUGUAUGAAAUCUUUGAAAUCCCUAUUAUUGGGUUUGUUAUCCACAGCUGACUGGAUCCAUUCCCAGCCAGGAAGCUGGUUCAGCAAAACAGCUGCAUCAGUUAGUGAAUGGGAGGCCGGAUUCUCACCCUGCUGUCAAUCAGGAGUAGUACUGGAGAAAGUAAAGAAUAUCCAUCAAGUGAAGUGUGCGUCAGAGGAAAAACCUCUUGGCUAUUUGAUUUUUGCAAUAUCUGCUACAAUUUACUUUAUAGCUCCUAGCAAGGGAAAGCACAUUCACCAGUUUCCCUCCUUGGCUGAACUGAAGCAUAUGAUAAUUACCCAGAAGCACGCCUUGGGAAAGGGGAUGACAAAUGAGAAGUAUUGCAGUAAAAAAGAGGGCAGAGCAUCUGUAAGCACCUGAAGUAUUUCAUACAUGAGAUGAUGAUGACAUUGUUACAGCCCAAGAGAGCAAAGGAUUGUUAGCAAGCUUCAGAGAAGGACAUCUUCAAUUCCCAAGGCCUUUAACAACCUUCCUAUUUGAUCUUAUUACAAAUUAGCAGCAUGUGCUGCUAAUAACAUCCAAAGUUACUGAAUCUGAAUGUUCGCCCUCCCAGCUCUCACUUAGCCCCAACGCAAGACAUCUGCUAUAUGUUGGCUACAGUCUUUGGUAUUCUUAUAUCAAAGCUGUCUGUGGUUUUGCUUCUGCCUUAGAGUCAGUAGCAUCUGAAGUUGCAGUGAGAUGCGCGAAUGGCUCAUCAGUCUCCACUUCUGCACCUUGUCUCAAAGCUCCUCAGCAAUACCUUCUGCAACAAACCAGAAUUUCUGGGGCAACUUGGGUGAGACCAGAAAUACACCCUUCUGCUGUUCCAAAAUCUGUCAGCCUGAAUGAUUCAUUCAGCGCUGCACCCCUUGGCCAUUUGUAUCUAUAAGAUGAUCAAAUAUAUUUUUAAUUAUCAAUCCGAGGUAUUUACUUCUGCUCACUAGACAAUGCCCAACUGUAUUGUAAGAGCUGUUGGGAGAGAGCCAGAGAAUUUGACAGUGAGAUAUGGAACAUUUGGGCUUUCAGCACUUAAGAACAUAUGGAAAGAGGUUUGGAAGGGUGCCACGUGGGGUGUAACUUGGAAGAUGCUACGUUUCUUCAUCCUUUUUUUUUUUUUUUUCUCUGAUUGAGCAAAAGUAGAAAUUUCACUUUUUGAAGGAUCCCAAUGACCUCAAGUUGCACCAGGGGAGGUCCAGGUUGGAUAUUAGGAAAAGUUUCUUUUCCCAAAAGCGGCAAUGCAUUGGAAAAGGCUGCCCUGGGAAUGGUGGAGUCACUGUUUCUGGAAGUGUUAAGAAAUGUGGAGAUGGGGCACCAAAGGACAUGGUUAAUGGACAAUACUGGUGACAGGUGGAUGACUGGACAAGAUGAUCUCAGAGAUCUUUUCCAACCUUAAUGGUUCUAUGAUUCUAGCUCCUAUUUAUUUCCUGUGAUGCAGUACUGCUCUAGAACAAACCACUAAAUUCAGUAGCAAGGUUUGAACAAAAUAGGCUCUAUGUGGAGGGGCAACUGCAGGCAUGUAAUUAAACAGGUAACAAUACUACAGAUCUCUCCAGGCUUUUACCUCCUAAUUUAUUAGCUCCCUCACAGCUGAAUUCAAAAAGCUACAGCUGGUGACUCAACCUACGGGAUGAAAGAGAAUAUAUGGUACCUGGCUAGACCAACUUCCUUUCCCCUCAAGGUGGAAGGGAGAGAGGGAGGGAGGGAGGAAAGAAGGAAGGAAGGAAGGAGGGAAAGAAAGAAAGAAAGAAAGAAAGAAAGAAAGGUGAGUAGGCAUUAUAGAUUACUUGCCCUUAGCACAUAGUUAAAUUGUGUGAGUUGGAACUCCAGCACUGCACUACAAAUAUCAAUCUCAGCUGUGGCAUUGGGGGAAUAGUUGAGAAGAACCAUCUGCAGCUGGAUGCUCAAGUCUGGGCAUCUAGGGAGCAGCAUCUUUGGGAUAUUUAAGAGACAAAUGUCUCCUGCUUGUGACAGGAGCAGUCCACGUAUCUCAGAGUUAUUGCCUUGCUUUGUCAAAAAAGUGAUGUAUGCUUGGCUUUGUAUUUUGGUAAUUCAUUUCCUACUGCUGAAGAAAAGGCUUUUCAUGCGUUUCUGUAGCACGGUUUUCUGAUAGUUAUAGGACUGCAGCAAAUGCAGAGUUUAUUGGAAUAUGCAAACUUGUAUGCAUGUCUUAAUUUGCUCUGUUGGCACACGAGCCCUGCAGCUUAGUGAGUUAAUCUCUCCAGCUGGUAGGAAACCACCAUCAUCCUGUUUCGGUGAUGAGGGUUGAAGGCCAGGAGAAUGGCAGGGGUUUGUACUAAGUGAUGAAGUCUGACUCACAAUGUUUUUGUAUUAUUUUGUUUCUUCUGAUAGAAUGUGUAAACCUGAGGAAUGUUACAGUUUUUGUUUUUUUUUUUAAAAUUAUUCUGUGUGGCCAUAAUGGCCUCAAGUUCUGCUGUGUCAUGUACGGACUUCCCUGCAUGACGUUUGGUUUUGGGCUCUGUGGUGGAAAUGCUGAGUCACAGCUUGAAGCAGUGAUUGAGCACCUGGUGGGAAGGCAGGGCCAACCCAGGGGAGCACAGGUGCAUGCAGUGUAAUGCACCUGGCUGAUCUGAAGGGCUGGAGCUGGGAUCUACCCCUUCCCAGACCUCAUUUAAGGGUUGGCAAUGGAAGCAAUGCCGUCUUGCUGGAGAUGCCUGCAUACCUCAGGUCUUCUGAAGGUAAGCAGCUUCUUUCCUUUACUUCUGUGCACGUGGAUGUUGCUUUUGAACAAACCAUCACUUGCUGCUCUACUGUUAUUGCUGUGCUUUCCAUCGCAUUACAGUCUCCAUUUAGAAGUCUUUUUGACCCUGGCACAACUGUACUCAUAUUUUUCUUAAAGGUAUUAAAAGCAUUAAUAAUAACAUCCAGAAUAGCUCUGUCAAAAAUGCAGCCAGCUAUGUGCUUCUUUACUGUCUCCAUUCCAAUAUCUAUAGAUCUAAAAGGAGGAGGACAAAUUCUCUCCUAUCUGCCCUUUCCUUCUGCUUGAUUAACUGGCUGCUAUGGCAGCCUCCCUUUGCUCUGGUACAGUUUCAUUCCUAGAGAAAGAAACCUGGUGGUUAUUAAACUCCUGGAUUGUGGCAACACUGGGGGGAAAGUAGAAAAAGUGCUAGAAAGUAGAAAAAAAAAUCAGGUUUCUGUUUGUACCAAAGGGCUGUUGGUGCCUCCUCAAUCAGGCAGUGUGUUUGCUGGAAAUCAGCAGAUCGUUGCCCAAAGGUAUCAGGCAGUGCAGUGCACCUCAGUAAUAACUGCCUGUCAGGGGAUCAGGAGGGAAACCCCUGGAGGAAGAGGGUGGGUGCUGGUACAGCUGACUUUGGGGGCUCUCUUUGGCCCUUUUUCUACGUCUUUCAGAUUGCCUGAAUUUGACAAAGGCUCUGUAACUUCCAAGACAGAAAGACCUACAAAUUAAGCAACAUCUAGCUCCUAAUGUGUGAAACUGCAAUUUGCAUACAUCACGGCAGCUGCUCAGUCGGCCCUUAUUACCUCUGCUGGAGUGUUAAUUUAGCCUCAACUUUCUCAUUUAUUUAAAUGAGAAAGCCGCGGGUGGCUGGCAUGCCACAUUAUCCACGAGGCAACCUGGGAAUCAGGUCAACAGAGCCAGGAAGAGAUUUCAAUGCAGGGGACUGCAGGGGUGCUGCUCCCCAGAUGGGUGGACACUGGCGUGCCUGGGCUGCCCUUGCCCUGUGCUAAAGGUCAGCACUUAUCCUAAGGAAGAAAGAUCAAUGUUUUGUUCAGAGUGAAACAAGAGAUAAUAGGAUUAAGCUGGGUUCUCUGGUCAAGCAAAUCUUCCUGCUUCUGUUUUCUUGUGUUUGAACUGGUGCUGUAUAUGGGCAUGUAACUACCAAAAUAGCUUAGCUUAGCUCUAAUAUAACUAGAGAAGAUGUAGAUGCUCCGUUCCUGGAGGUAUUCAAGGCCAGGUUGGAUGGGGCCCUUGGCACCCUGAUCUGCUUACUGGUUGUCAGUCCUGCCUUCAGCAGGGUGGUUGGAGCUCAAUGAUCAUUAAAAGUUCCUUCCAACCAAAGCCAUUCUAUGAAUACAGCAACCUCCACUUGCAGAGCACCCAAUGUGGUGAGGUCCAGAGCCUAUACAUACUGUAGCCCCUGCCAGCCAGUGUGCAUGUAUGAUCCAUGUUUUUGUGCCACUGCUUCAUUAAGCAUCUCUGUACAACUGUGCGUUUGUUGACAAAGAGCGAGCCAGAGCAAAAGUGCAGAACCGUGGCCCAUGAGAGCGGGGUUGCUAACUUUGAGUGAGGUCCUAAUCUGGGAUCUUUCCUAGGAGAAACCCACUCUUGGGAACCGGUGGGACUCUUGAUUAGAAACAUAUAUAUCCAGUAGGUUAAUUUCAUAGGCAGCCUGAUCUGAUGGUUGGCAGUUCUGCCCAUGGCUGGAGAGUUGGAAAUGCAUGAUCUUUAAGGUCUCAUCCAAUCUAAGCCAUUCUGUGAUUCCAUUCUAUGACAAUUAUGGGAAGCUGAGGUUCAGAGAGGGAUUUUUCUCCAUGUGGUGACAGAAGGCUCUGUAUGGUUGGUACCAGGCAAAAACUGUUUCUAAGACAUUAAGUUCAAUGCAUUUCCAAAACACUGAAAUAUUCGCAUCGAAUGUCUCUCCCACCUACUCCUUAUCAUUGUUUUAAAGCUUUCUGUUAAAAGAUCACACGAUUGUUGUAGUGCCAUGGACAUUUUUGCACUUGCUAUUAACUUAGCCUCAUUCAGCAAAAACUUUUGUCUUUGCCUACUUGUUAGCCAUUCAUUUUCGCAAUUAAAAUCACCAUGACAACUGAUAAUGAUAUCAGAAUGAAAGGAUUACAGCUUAAUUACAUGGAGGAAGUGGAGAGCAGAGAAAGCUUUGAAUUCCAGCAGACCCAGCCUGAGCCCUGUUCACUGCUGCAUUGCUCCACCUGUGCUAUCAGAGAGUACUGCCUGCCCUGGAGGAGGCAGGGAUUCAGGGAAUAUUCAGAGUUCUGAGAGCAAUAGAGAGGAAUUUGUCUUAAAAGUGCCAGCUAGCAUUUUUGUGGAAUGGGCUCAUCGUAUGAAUUAGCUAAAGAAAUGUACUCAGCAAAGAAAUGUGGUUAUUAUUAUGGUAGUAGAAUGUUUUCCUAUAAAUAAAAUUUAUUACCUACGUGCUCAGUGGUAACCAACACGGUGCUAUAAACUGUUGCAUGUAACAGGAGAACGAGGCAUUUUAGGGGAUGUGGUUCAUUUUUAUCAUAGCGAUGGCAUUUCAUCAGUUUGCUGCUCCAUCCUGGCUUCUGUGAAAGCUGCAGUAUGGGGUUGGGUGUUUAUAUUUCUAAGAUAAAGCUGCACUUUAAUAGGAACAGUCUGGGAGUUUAGACCACAGACCUCUUUGUAAUCUGAUCUAUCACAUUUCCUGUCAUCAGUAAACUUUCAUCACUUUGAUUUUUUUUUUCUUAGUUUCGUCCACAAGUUAUAUGAAAUAUGCUUUUCAAGAAGAUGUACAUCUUAAUUUCCCCUUUAAAAACAAUUUGCUAUUGACUCCUGGACACUCCUGAAUGCAAACCUCACUGCUUUUGGAAAAAACCCUAUAAUGUAACCAUCUGACUAAAAAUCUAGAUAAGGAAAGACAUUCCAUUUUCAAUUUUCUCAAUCUAAUACAAUUAAUCAACCAAUUAGUUCAGUGAAUAAAUAAAUAAUACCACUUGAAAAAGAGCAUUCUGAAAAUCCUUUUAGUGUCUUUCUCAGCUAAAAGUAUAGGCUUAACAUCAAUCAGUUUUAAAACCCUAAUUUUUGCUUAAUCUUUUCCUCAUCUUUGUUUAAGCAUAUGGAUAUAUGGUUUAUUAUGACCCUCUUGAUUUCCCCCUUCAGUUUAGAGUACACCACUAUCUGAGCAGAUCUGCAGCUGAUGGAGAUCAGUGCAGCCCCAUUAUUCCAGACCAAUUUAGUUGAUCUGCUUCUGAUUUACAACAGCAUAAGCAUGUUGAUGGUCAGGGCUUACAAGUGAUUAAAAAUAUGUAGAUACUUUGGAGGCAGGAAUCCUUCCUCCAAAAGCUGGUCAUCCCUUAUAGAAAGAACCACUCAGUUUUCAGAGCCUUAAAACUGCUUGAGUUGGAAGGGACCCUUAAAGGCCAUCUGUUUCAACCCCUCUGCAAUGAACAGGGACACCCACAGCUCUAUCAGGUGCUCAAAGCCCAUCCAGCCUGACCUUGAGUAUCUCCAGGGAUGGAGGGUAUCCCCAGAGAUGCCCACCUCUCUGGGCAGCCUGUGCCAGUGCUUCACCACUCUUACUGUAAAAACAAACAAACAAACAAAAAAACACCUUCUUCCUUAUAUCCAGUCUAAAUCUCUUCUUGUAGUUUGAAAUCAUUUUCCCUUGUCCUGUUGCUCCCCCUCGUUCCCUUAAAAAAUGUCAUUUUACAAUUUCAGCUCUUAAGGUGUAGAAAAGCAGAAGAACUUUCGGGCAAUGCCUGCCUGUAGAGAUAGCAGUCUUGAUUCUGAGCCCAACUUGAAUGGGUUGAACCAGCAAUAGCAUAUCCUGUGCUGGUAUUGGGGAAGGAGAGCAGACCCGGUGCCAGCUGUCCUGACGCAGCCCCAUGCCUGACACCUGAGCAGUGCCAUAUUCCAGCCAGGAGCCCAACUCUAUUCAUAGCCCCAGCACAUCGGUGCACACAGCAGCUCUCUGCUGCGACGUGAGAUUUGUUUCCCUCCUUUUUGAACCCUGUCUCUCCUACACAGCCCCGCAGGCACCUGCUCACAAAGAAACGUUUUGGAUGAAGACUUUGAAUUCCAAGCAGAUCUAAAAAGAGAGUCUGGCGAUUAACCAUGGAUCAUAGGACUGAGGAGAGAAGAAAGCAGCGCCAUAGCUUGACUUUACUGGAACAAGUAAAAAGAAUGAAAGAAUCAUCAGAGAUAGUUGAUGUUGUGCUAGUUGCUGAAGGUCAGAAAUUUCCCUGCCAUAAGGUGGUACUAGCUGCCUUCAGUUCUUACUUCAAAGCCAUGUUUACCUGUGGCUUGGUUGAAUGCACUCAAAGAGAAGUGGUACUGUAUGACAUCUCUGCAGAGAGUGUGUCUGUAAUACUCAAUUACAUAUACAGUGCAGAUUUGCACCUCACUAACCAGAACGUGCAGACUGUUGCACUGGCUUCAUAUUUCAUGCAGAUGGAAGAUGUUUUCAGCUUGUGUCAGAAGUACAUGAUGGACCACAUGGAUGCUUCCAAUUGUGUGGGCAUCUAUUACUUUGCAAACCACAUUGGAGCAGAAGAUUUAUGCGAUCAAGCGAAGAGGUACUUAUAUCAGCACUUUGCUGAGGUGAGCUUACAGGAAGAAAUUCUGGAGAUUGAAGUCCAGCAGCUGUUGGCUCUUAUAAAAUCAGAUGAUCUGAAUGUUUCCAGGGAGGAAAGCAUUCUGGACCUUGUCAUUAGAUGGGUGAAUCACAGCAGAAAGUCACGUGCAGAACAUCUUAUCAAGCUCUUGAAGGAAGUGAGACUGGUACUGGUCAGCCCUUCCUUUCUCAUGGAAGCCCGCAAAAGGAACACAGUGAUCCUGUGCAAUUCAGAAUGCAAUGAUAUGUUUGAGGAAGCGUUGAAAAGCAUCCGACUAGCCACCCACCCUUCUCUCAGCUUGCGAUAUGGCAUGGAGACUACUGAUCUCUUACUCUGCAUCGGCAACAAUUCGCUUGGCAUUAGGUCAAGACAUGGGAGCUAUGCAGAUGCCAGUUUUUGCUAUGCUCCUGCAACACAAAAGACUUACUUCAUUUCCUCUCCAAAGUAUGGAGAGGGUUUAGGAAGUGUUUGCAGUGGUGUUGUCACUGAGAAUAAUGAUAUUAUUGUGGCAGGAGAGGCAAGCGCCGCCAAAAUGUCUAGACAAAAAAACAGGAACAUUGAAAUUUAUAGAUACCACCAGCGAGGAAAUCAGUUUUGGCACAGCCUGUGUACUGCUCAGUUCCGUGAACUCUAUGCACUGGGCACUGUCCAUAAUGAUCUCUAUGUGAUCGGAGGCCAAAUGAAAAUCAAAAAUCAAUAUGUGGUCACAAACUGCAUGGAGAAGUACUCCAUGGAGCAAGGUACCUGGAGAAGCACAGCACCUCUGCCAGUGCCAUUAGCCUGCCAUGCAGUGGUGACAAUGAAGAAUAAGCUCUACGUGCUGGGUGGCUGGACACCACAGAUGGAUCUGCCUGACGAUGAGCCGGAUCGAUUAAGUAACAGAAUGUUUCAGUACGACCCAGGCCGAGACAAAUGGACAGAGCGUGCACCAAUGAAGUACUCCAAAUACCGCUUCAGCACAGCCGUGGUCAACAGUGAGAUUUAUGUCUUGGGAGGAAUUGGGUGCCUUGGCCGUGACAGGGGGCAGACACGGAAAUGUCUUGAUGCAGUGGAGAUUUAUAACCCUGAUGGAGACUUCUGGAGGGACGGACCUCCUAUGCCUUCCCCCCUCCUCUCCUUGCGAACAAACUCUACCUGUGCAGGCUGCGUGGAAGGCAAGCUGUACCUCUGCGGAGGGUUUCAUGGAGCAGCUCGUCACGAAGUCAUCACCAAAGAGAUCCUGGAGUUAGAUACAUGGGAGAACCAGUGGAACGUGGUGGCCAUCAAUGUCCUCAUGCAUGACAGCUAUGAUGUUUGCCUUGUUGCUAGGCUGAACCCACGGGAUCUUAUCCCUCCUCCUCCUGAUUUAGUGGACCAAUAGAUGUUCAGUGGCUCUCUGCUUCCAGAUUCUGCAGGAAGAGAAGAAUUUGGAGAGACAAAUGCUGCAUUGGCUCUGAAUGGAGCCAGUGGCUCCAUUCUCUCCAUUGGCUAGGCGCCAUGGAGAGAAGCUUGUACCACAAGCUUAAGCACAGAAUUGCCUUCAAAAUGUGUUUCUCAGAUGAUGCUUAAUUUGCUGGCACUGGUACUCUGGACUGUGAUUGAAAGCUGAGUUUGCCAGCCUUGUCUCUUGGUCUGCCACUUGGCUGUUUGAGCUGCAGUCUGCUGGUGCAGCCUAGGUGUGCUUCUGGGGCCUUAGACGUGGAGGCAGCCUGGGGCUCUCAUUGCAGGAGAGCACCGCGUUUGAAAGAAAGCUCUAGCCAGGAGAAACCCUCCUUUACUGUCCAACUCACUGAGUUCUUCUAGUCUUACUGAGGGAGCUAGGAAAUAGCUGAUGAAGUCAGCUGAUGGAAACCAGUCUGGCUGUACCAAGGCGACAGACUAAUUGGCUGAUGUGGGAGCAGAGGGAAGAUGGAGAGGAGCAUUUGUUUGUUUAAACAAAAAGAAAACAUUAGCUAAGGUUCAUUAGCCAAGUACACUAGCUACUGCAAGCAUUAUCUAACCCAUAGUCAGGGCAUCCCUUCUUUGGCAGCAGAGCUGAGGCUGUGCUGGUAGAAAACUGGUCUUCUGGCAACAAGUCACAUGUGAGUCUUCCUUUAGUAAUCCUGCACCAAAGAUGAUAAGAAGCUUAAAUUUUCACAUAGAUCCUACCUGUCAUGAGGCAAAAACUUGUGUGGUCAGAUGGAGGAGGGGAUGUAAAUUAAAACAAAAUAAAUGAGAAACAGUGUUAGCUCUGCAUCUACAGAGAAAGGAUAAAAGCACCAGGCAUUCAGAGUUUAUGUACAGUAGUUGGUUUUAUAGAAGUAGCUUUAAUGAAAUAACACAAGGCAAAUUCUGUACCAAUGGAAUUGGCUAUAAUCGCAGUGAAGGGUAAUUUCUUAAGGCAGUGCUAGCCUUUCUAGGGCUUGAAGGCAGUGGGUUAGAAAGACAGUGAAUUGUUACCAGUACAGCUGUCCUAUCUGAGCUACCAAUAACUAUUCAUCAUCCCCUGGUGCUUACAGCAUGGAAUACAUGUGAGUGAUUGCCUGGGCAGCGUGGACAGAAGUGGGAAUUUCUGUUGUGUUCUGGGGCCAAAACUGCAAAUGACUGUAUGGUGCAACAGACAGUGAAUGUCAGAGGCAAACACUGUAAGAGUAAGCUGUAACAUAGCAGAAGAACUAUCACAGUCAGCAGAAAGUUGUUUUUUAUGCUUACAAAAGCAGUAACAAAACUGGAAGGAAAUAAUUGGCAAAGAAAUGAGGGAAUCCAUCAGGUAGUCCAUCUGUAGUCACUUGCAGGAUUUGCACUUCAGAGCAUCUCCAUUUCCUUUUACAAUCACACAUUAGGCUACAAAAGUUAUAGCAAUUUGUUUUCUUUUUUCUUUUUAACUGCAAUGCUUAUUGCAGGGAGAGGAGGAGAGGAUGACCCAAAAGCCUUUCCCUACUCCCGACUUUUCUGAUUCAUGAUCUAUUCUUUAAGACACCCAACGGGAAUAUUAAUCUGUCACAUAAAAACAAUUAGCAGGAAGGUCACUGGAGUUUACCUGAUAACUGUUAUCACAUGCUGAGGACUGCUCAGACAAUAAGGGAGUUGGUGGGAGGAACUGAGGAAAACAUGCAGAAAUGGAGUAAACUGUGAGCCAAAAAACUGAUCUCUCCCUUUGUUUCCUGGGCAGAAUGAGUGUCACAGCCUAAAUGCAGAUGUUUGUGUUUGCAGCAGUUCCACCCCAUCCAGAUGCUCUGUUUUCUUUGUUGAUGUGUGGGUUGUUACCUGUCCAGAGGAGAGUUGUGCCAUGCGAGUGUCAACCACUCUGCUCACAAAACACUGUUGGAGGUAUAAGACCAAGGAGGCGAAAGAAGAAUCUGUUUAUGUAUUUAAACAGAAGCAAUAGAUUGUUUUCUGACUAACCAUGCAAUAUUGGAAUUUUUUUAAACUUUAGUUAUUCCUGUGAAGUAUAGGCAAUGAUUUCUCUGCAGAGCUCUCAAACCAGCAGGAAGCAAUGCUUGAGGAGCAGCUUUCAGCUGAACUGCUGAGUGUUUCCUUGUGAUUACUCCAUAUUCUCCUGCAGUACCUACAGAUAUGCUAUCACCUUUUUUGGUUUUCUUCAUGCACCACUGGAAAGCCACUUGCCCUUGUGUGCACAGAGCAUUGCUUUUCUUCUGCCUGCCUGGUCUGGCUGUUGACAGGACUCAGUGUCUCUCAGUUUCUAUCCAACAGACCAGCACUAUCUAUCCAGCAGGGAGUUGUUUUCUUCUUGUUUAAAUAUACACAACAGAAGAACAGUCAGACCAAUUUAGAUUCCAAGUUCAAAACGUUGUGUGGACCCCACUUAAUUCACUGUUUGCCCCUGGGGCGACUACAGUUUCUAAGUUGAAAAGGAAAGCUUGAAGGGAGGAAGGAAGGAAGAAACUGAAAGCAUGUUUAUGGAGAGGUACCGAUAUGAGCCAAAACCCUUCCAAGAGUAAGUGAAUGUUGCAUGUCUGAUAAGUUCAUGGGUAAUCUCACAUUCCUGGGAAAGCCCUUAAGAGCCUUAAUUUCUUCUACUACAAACCUAAUGCAAGAAUAUUAGAGAAUAUGCAUUCUCCAAGCUUGUGUGCUUCACUGAAAUAAUAGUUUACUUCAGCCGCUUUCCGGCUGAGCAGCAGUUAGCUGAGCCUUUAAUCAAGGCUGCCUUGACAUCAUCCAUAAUUCUAAAAUGUGAACAAAGCAGUGCUGGCAAGCUAUGGGCUGCCGGAAUGAAUGGGGGGAUUAUUAAGCAAAGACACGCGCUUCAGUUUCACUUGAAACACUGAAGUACAUCACUAGUUGCCAAGUAGGAAUAAAAAAAUAUUGGAGGGGUUACUGGUCACAUUGGUGCAUGGGGAGUGAGGAAAAAAAUGACAAGCUAUGAAAAGCGAAUCGAAGCUCUCCCGUUAGUGUUUUAUUUUGAAAUCAUCUGUGCAUUGCUGAUUUCACGAGGAUCCCUGUGGGUCUCUGAUCUCUGUUUUCACCCAUGAGGUCGCAAGAGCUGCCUACGCAUGUGAACCCUCAGGCACCUGACUAUGCAUUCUCACAUGCCAUUACCGUGAUGGCUCGUGGCUCAGUCACUGCCUGUGCAAGGCAAACACAUGCACAGUUUCCUAUGUGCAACACUGAAAUGCGUGGGGAAGGUUCUGGAUUGUGUUCCAGCUCUAUUCUGCCAUUCAGGAUGCCAGCAGAAAAUAGCCUCGAUGCUCACAAAGCUGUUAGGUACUGCACUCCCAGGUACGUUCCAGGCAACAGGCUGAAGGAGAUUAAAACUGAGCCCCCAGCAGUGAAACUUAGAGCUGCUCCCAGAACCGUUAUGCACAGAGGAGCCAAGGUGGGUGCAAUGAUGCUCCCAUUGCUUCCCAGGAAGAAUUCAGGAUGUAAAAGGAUUGUGCCUUGGAUCUUAAUCUUACAUUUUUCCUCUACUCUAAGUGUGUGUUGAGAUUCUUGAUCACCUGAAAAGCAAUGAAAGCAAAUGUUACAGUAAUACAUACAAGUAUAUAGAAUUGUGAAGUAUAUUUAUGCAGGUCUGUAUUGUUUUUCUGCUGAUCAUGAAGUCAGUGUUAUACUUUUAAUACGGAUUUACCUACGGAUUACUAUCUUAGCUGUAGCAAUGAGGUCUCUUUCGUAGGCUGCUCUCCUAAUGGAUUAUGGAGCUCCUCUGAAAAUUCGUUUCAUGAAUCAUAAUGCUUUGAAUCCCCAGGUCAGAAUUUCAGCUGCUCUUUGUGUGUUUCUGUGGCUCUCCCCACAGCUUUUCAAGUGGACUGUAGCUGCAACUUCAAAGAAAAGCUAUUUCACCCCCAGUUGUGCUCAGCUGGAACCGGUACGUUUACAAUUUGCAAUCAUUUGACAUGUUGAGGUUGAAAGCAAAGGAAAUACUGGAAAAUGGAGACAAUAUACAUAGAGGCUAUACAGAAGUACACUUCCUUCUUUUCCAUGUGCUUACCGCUCUGCCUGGGUGUCUGAUGGAAAGAUUUAAUAACAACCCCUGACUGCAGUCAUGGCAAAGGCCACGCUGGGUUAUGUGUUUGUGCUGCUGGAGCAGAGUCAGCGCGGUGCUGAGCUGUGCUGCCUUGCCAGAAGAAAUUACCUUCAAACAGAAAUGUCUUUAAGUGUUCCAUGAUGUAUACCUGUAUGCGUUUUCUAUACAUAUGUAUAACAUUAUUUUUGGAAGUUCUUUACUGACAGCAGCAGAAUCCCUUUUUAACACUUACCUGGCAACCUGUCCUCUGCAUAGCUCAUCAAAAUACUUCAAAUAAAGUGCUGUUCUUUAAGUAUGUGGAACUAUUCCAGGCCUCAAAUCAAAAAGAAGCUGGAAUUCCUUGCUGAGCUAAGGAACGGUUGGGGAAAUCUUUUAGUCCUGGCCUAUGCCUUCUUCCUUCUCCAAAUAUUUUGCUGGCUGUAGUCCAUUCAGAAUCCUCCUGAAGGUUUUGUGCAGGUCUGUUCUGUUUCCCUUUACCUUCCCUGCUCCUGCCUCAGCCCAUGCACUCCCUUUCCCCUCUGCCUCCCUAGAAGAUGGCAACAACGACCACUUGGGGUGUUUGCCAGGCUCCUCAGGAGCCCAUUACUCCAAGAACAAACUGACUCUGAAGAUAGAAGAUGACCAUAGCAGGCCUCCAACCCAAGUUCUGUGGCUCAGACUCAUUGCAAACACAAUCCACCUUCUUUGCAACAUCUCUGCUUUCUGGCUCUGACCCAGCUGGGCAGGCAGGUGACCCCUGCUCUGUUUGCUGCUGUCUCGCAGCACAAUGCUGCUUAGUUUGACAUAAAGUGCCUUGCAUGCUGUGUGUGCCAUAGCUGUAAUGACUGUGGGCAAAAGCCAUCAUCGUUAUCUCUGAUUCUUGAACACUGGUUGCUACAAAAACUGUCUGAAGCACAGAGGGAUCUGUCUUCAUUAUUGCGUUACAGCUCACAUCCCCAAGACUGAUUUUCUUCCACAGUUUCACUGUAGAACGUGGUGUUCAAUGCAUCAGGUUAACUAUUGGUAUUUUUUCUCCACUUUGUCCUUUUCUAGUCAUUCUUCACAAGAAUGCGGGUGACAUCACCAGCUUUUCUAUGAGAUGAGUUAUCCAAAUUGGCCUCCUGGGGCUGGGGGCUUUUCAUAAUGGGAUCCAAGUACAGCCACUAAAAUGACAGUCAGCCACACUACUUUAUUUUCCCAAUCAGCAACCUCAUAGCAGAGGAAAUGUGCUUCUUCCAUACAUAAGGUAAUGUGAGAGGAAACCGCUUCCCACAUAGACAAAUCCCUGACUCAUUCCCUUAGAACGUGGCUGAAACAACUGCAAAAUGCCUGCAUAAAGCAGCUCUGAUAUCCAUUCAGUGGGCUCUCAGGCUUCCCAGAAGCAGGAGGAGGAGUGCAGGGAGGUGUUGGCUCAUAACUAGAGCACAGAUCCAAAAUCCCCACCUCUGGGCUCUGUUCCUAGCCUUGGGCAUCAUCUAGGCUCAUCCAUCUGAAAUGUUUACAGCAGUGCACCACUGCUCAUCACAGAAUGGUUUAGGCUGGAGGGGACCUUAAAGAUCACCCAGUUCCAACCCCAUGCUGUGGGCUGGCUGCCACCCACCAGCUCGGGCUGCCCAGGUCCCCAUCCAACCUGGCCUUGAGCACCUGCAGAGCACACCCACAGCUCUCUGGGCAGCCAUGCAAGUGCUUCACUGCCCUCUAAGUAAAAAAUUUCUUCCUAACAUCUACACUAAAUCCCUCCUUUAGUUUAAAGCUAUUCCCCAUCUCCUCAUCCCCCUUGUCCACUCAUUCGGUGGGUCUGCCCUGAUUUUAGAGGAGGUGAUGGCUGUACUGUUACGCUGAGAUCUAGAGAUCACAAAAUAUUGUACAGUGGUAGAAUAAUAAUAUUACUGCACCUCUGCCAUCUCCCUGGUUUUAGCUGUGGACAGCAUCCAGAGCUUCAGCCCUCUUGGGAAAGGAGAGGCCAUGUGUCUGCAGCUUACGAUGGGAUUUCAUUCACCCCUUCCCAGGAGAACAGUGAGGGAUACCAGUCACUGUAAUCUCAGCAAAUUGCGAGGCCGCUAAUUGAGGCUGAAUUCAAACAGUAGUAAUUAAAGAAGGAGCGCAUGUUUCUCAAAGCAGACCUGAUUUAAUAAAUGAUGCUGUUUAGAUAGAUACAACUGCUCUCAAGCCAAUAGAAGGUGGUUUACAGAAGUGUAGCAGAUUUACUGGGUAACUGAGACCUGAAUUACCUGAAUUGAUAGGAAAGCAGCUGCUUGGAGUCUCCGGGGGUUUCCGUAACCAAUCUGCAAUGCAUUUAACUGGCCACUAAAAGGCACUGUUCCAUCCAAGAAAUUGCUUACAGAAUAUGCAUAAAGUGGGCUUUAGGAUAUUGCUGAAGUGUAAACAAUGUGGCAUCUACUUGCUGACUUGCUGAAUUCAUGGUGGGAAUUAUGUUGCCUUCCCCACAGUGUGCCUGAGUAAAUAAUCUUAGCUGAACUGACAGGUAAUUUAUAAUACAUGGCACCUGAGAGUCC